GUUUUUUGGGUGUGGUGUGUGACUACUAACCUUUUUUGGCUUACUUCCCCAUCAAAAAUGCACUGCAAAAGUAUCUGUAGUCAGCGGCAACUACGCUGUCUUGUCACACACUCAGCAUCACCUCCAGCAGCCAGGGUGUGUGUUGUGCAAAGGCAGAGCUCCAGUGGUUAGAGUGUGACGAUAGCCUGUUUGAUCGCAGGAGUUCCACACUAAUUCCCGUGCAGCUCGUACCAGCUCGCUCCGGCCUGUUACCACCACACAGCCUUGAUCUUGACCAACCCAGCUGUUGCCAUGAGUGUCUUCUCCUCCCUUACUUCCUCCUCCUCAUGCCCGGACCUGUACCACUUACCCAGUUACCCUAGCAACACCAACAUUUCAGAUGAGACCACUAAUGCCACUGAGAUCAGCCAUGUGAUCCUGCGGCAUUACAACCACACCGGCCGCCUGCUGAACAGGACCAUUUCAAACACCCAAGGCCACAUCAGUGCCUCCACGGCCGUCUUGCUCUUCUUCAGUAUUUUCAUCAUCCUGGAGAAUCUCAUGGUGCUGAUGGCCGUCAUCUCUCGCAUCCGCCAUAGCCGGCGCUGGGUUUAUGUCUGCAUUGCCAACAUCACGCUGAGUGACCUGCUCACCGGCGCUGCCUACGUGGUCAACAUCUGUUUGUCUGGCAGCCAGACGUUUCGCCUCACCCCUGCUCUGUGGCUCUUCAGGGAAGGGAUGCUGUUUGUGGCCCUGGCAGCAUCCAUAUUCAGUUUGUUGCUAAUUGCUGUGGAGCGUUACACCACUAUGAUGAAACCACUGCCCCAGAAGUCAGCCAGGAAGACCUACUAUAGGAUCUAUGGCUUGGUGGCACUCUGCUGGGCUUUGGCGCUGAUAAUUGGCUUCCUCCCUUUGCUGGGCUGGAACUGUGUGUGCAGCCUGGACGGAUGCUCCACCCUCCUCCCUCUCUACUCCAAGACCUACAUCUUUUUCUCCCUUAUUAUCUUCUUCCUUAUCCUCCUGGCUAUUGGCGUGCUCUAUGGUGCCAUCUACUGCCACGUACACAAGAGUGCACAGUUGGCUCCCCUUCGCAGUCGCAAGCGCUCCCUGGCUCUGCUUAAAACUGUGAUCACCAUAGUUGGGGUCUUCAUGAUCUGCUGGGGGCCGCUGUUCCUGCUGUUGCUGGUGGAUUUCUUCUGUGCCUCACGCCAGUGUGCACUGCUGUUCAGCGCUGACUUUUGCAUUUCCCUGGCUGUCCUUAACUCCGGCCUGAACCCCAUCAUCUACGCGUUGGGCAGCAGUGAGAUGAGGAAGGCUAUUGCUGAGCUGCUAUGCUGCUGCUGUCUGAAGUCUGGCCUCUGUCACCCAGACACAUUCACAUCCAAGGAUACCAGCAGCACCUCCGAGAGCAGGAGGGACAGUCUGAGGAACAGUUUUAACAAGAUCAGGAAUCUGAGCGUGGCCUCCCCACCGUCAACUCCUAACAAGCCUCGCAGGGGACCCAAAAAAUAUAGGCUGAGCUCCACCACCAGCUGCCUGUCAGUUUCAAGUGGUUAAACCACAAAGUGCUCCCCUCCCAAGCAAACAAGACCUGUGUGCACUGAUACACAUCUAACGGUUUUCUCUGAGUUUUAGUUUGACUGUUCAGUGCUUUCUCAGCAGGCACUGAUUAUUGCACACUGUCAGAAAACAUGAAUUUAUCCUUAAGUUUGCAGUAAUAUUACAAAAAGCAGUAUUCUUUUGCAUUACAAGACUUUCAUUUUCACUUACACUUGAUCUGUUGUUACACUGUAGCCUAAUACCCAGUCAAAAAAUGUUUAUGUACGUAUAUUAAUGCAAUUUAUUUACAUAAGAUUUAAUAUGGAAAUGUAUAAUGUGUGCAAGGAAAAAAUAUGUAUAUACAUUGAAUGCAUUGGAUUGUAAAAUUUUGUAUGAGGAUGAUUUAAUGUUUAAAGACAACUGAUGAAUAUAUAAAUAAAGUUUAUUUUGCUUUA